AUGUCCUUCAUACUGUACAAGUAUGCGGUUCGUUAUAGUGAUUGUGUGUUUGCUGCCAAACAUUUUGGCACAGGAGCUACUUCAGAACCCAGACAUGGAAACUCUGGACGGAUGGGAUUGUUGGGGAUUCACCUGCUCAGUUACGGCUACCAGACACAGUGGAGCUUCUGCUAUACAGGCAUCAGGAAGAACCCAAACGAAGAAAAACUAGAAGGCUAUUUCAGGGAGAUUAUGUCGGCCUGGGACUGUUUCGGGUGUUCUUGUUCUACCACGGACCAAGCUCACAGUGGAACCCUCGCUAUACGAACGGCGAUCAGGAACACGUCUGCUACGUGGCAAGGUCCUUCCCAGUUCGUGACGGUUGAGUCGUCCAAACAGUUCACGUUCUCGGUCUGGGCUCGUCUCGUCAACGAUCUGAGUGGACAGACUUCCCAGAGAAUAAAAACAACCGUUCAGUUCAAAUAUCAAGAUGGAACCAGUGACUAUCGCGCUAUUGAUAGCAAUUCGAACGUUCGUACUGCUGAUGGCUGGAUACAGCUAAAAGGAGAGUUCACGGUGCCGAAUGAACAACUAAAGUCAACAAGAGUGUAUGUGGAAGGUCCUGCUCCUGGGGUGGACUUCAUAACGGACGGCGCCUCAUUGGUGGAAACUGCAGCGGUCAGUGGUGUGUCUCAGAACCUCUUCAAGAAUCCCGACAUGGAGAGUUUGUCUGACUGGAACUGCUGGGGAUUCACGUGUUCCAUCACUCAGACUCGACACAGCGGGGAAUACGCGAUACAGACUAGUGCCAGAACAAAGACGUGGCAGGGACCGCAGCAGUAUGUUGACCUUCAACCCGGCAAGUUGUACUCAGCCUCGGUUUGGGUCAAGCUUGUUAAUGACCUUCCAGGUCAGCUGGGUCAAAAAGUCAAGGUGACGUCACACUUCAAAUUUUUAGACGGAACUGCAAGGUACAAUCAAGUGGAGGCUUACAGGCUACUUCGAGUUGCAGAUGGUUGGGUAAAACUGGGAGGAGACGUACAUGUGCCAAACAAACCGCUUGAUAAAGUGAGAAUUUAUGUGGAGGGUCCUUCCCCUGGUGUGGACUUCAUUGUGGACGAAGCCUCUCUGCAGCUUCUGGAGGAGUGGACCAACUGGAGACAAGACGUGGACUCGAGCAUCAACCAGCUACGGAAAAAUGACAUCAACAUACAGGUAACAACGGCAGCGAACAUUAACCUCAAUGAAGUCGAAAUCAAAGUAACUCAAACAAAAAAAGCGUUUCCGUUUGGUACGGCAAUUAGCGUUUCUGAGUAUGACAGUGGUGACACGAGGUACCAGGAUUUUAUUAACCAGCACUUCAACUGGGCUGUCACGGAAAACGCUUUGAAGUGGAAACAGAUGGAACGGGUGCAGGGACAGAUCAAGUAUGAGCCUGCUUUUCGUGCAAUAAACAAACUGAAAAGUAAUGGAAUCAAAGUGCGCGGUCACAACAUCCUGUGGUCUGUGGAAACGAAAGUACCCAGCUGGGUGAAACCACUGUACAACGACACACUCAAACAGGUAGUCCAUGACCGAAUCGUUGACGUCGUGUCGAAAACUACAAACCUAGUAGAACACUGGGACGUAAACAACGAAAACCUGCAUGGCUUCUUUUUCCAGGAGCACGUCAACGACAUGGACUACAACCUCCAAGUGUUCCGCACCGCACAUGACACCGCCCCCGACGUGAAGAUGUUUCUUAACGAGUUCGCCGUUGUGGCUGGUGGAUCAACAACACAGGCAUACCUCACUCAAGCCAUCAAGAUCAAACAGGCGAAUGUUGGUCUGUACGGAAUCGGCGUCCAGUGUCACUUCAGUGCUGAUAAGAUGCCCAGUCCAACAUUAAUAAAGGCUCACCUGGACACACUCUCAGAAGCCGGACUGCCGAUCUGGGUGACUGAGUUGGACGUGGGAAGUAGCAACGAGGUGGAUCGCGCGGACUUCUACGAGACAGCUUUGCGCGUGUUGUACGGUCAUCCCGCAGUGGAGGGCAUCUUGUUCUGGGGCUUCUGGAGUGAGCGGCACUGGAGGGGGGAAGAUGCGGCUCUGGUCAGUGGCACCGAGUUCAGAUUAAACGGUGCGGGUCAGCGUGUCCUGGAUCUGUUGGAGAACCAGUGGAUGACCAAGGAGACUCACACGCUGUCUCAGUCUGGAAACCAGUUCACUGUUGAUGGUUUCCAUGGUGAUUAUGAGGUCAGCGUCAUGUACCAGGGUCAGGAAUUGGUCGACAAGAAAACCACGUUUACGCUGGGGUCGUCUCCACAUACAGUGACGUUGUCUGUGGCGUAGAUUUCCACGAAGUCGGCACAAUAUAAACUAUCUAUAAAUAAAACUCAGCACACAAAUUAUUAAAACAUAUAUGAUUAAGCAUGUCAUAUGUAAACAA